AUGAAUUGCAGCAUUUGCCACCGCCCGCACCAUGCGAGGAAGCUGCCGUUUCUUUGUGCCAUGGAUGCGAGGAACUGCCUGUAUGAGAGCCGAAUCGACUACGUCCAGGCGCUGAUUGAGAACGAAGAUGCUGAGCGCCGGGUUGAGGCCGUUUUAUCGAGCGAGGCCGACCGGUUGAAGACUGAGGAGGCCGCUGCUCGCGACCGAACGAGCCAGAUCAUUGCGCAAGCCGAUCGGUUGAAGAGCGAGAUCGAUGCUGCGCAGAAGGAGAUUGCUGCGAGGAAGGAUGCAAUCGCGAGGAGGAAGUCGGAUCUGGCGUCGGUUUCAGCUGGCACUCAGGCAAGGCGCAACAGACAGCUGGAGGAGGCCGAGCGAUCUUGCCAGAGGCUGAGGUAUAAGUGGAAUCGCUGUGCCGACAGUAUCGCCGACGUCAGAGGAUUUCUGUGCGAAGGGUCUGCCAGGCUAUAUGGCCUUCGUCAAGUCAAGAAAGGCAGCAUCAAGCGGUAUGAGAUUGGCGGGGUCGAGAUUAUAGACCUUCAUGCCAUGAAUAGUUUGUCGCCCGAGGUGAUUUCGACCUCCCUUGCGCACAUUGCCCAUAUUUUGGUGUUGGCUGCCCGUUAUUUGGGGAUUCGGCUGCCGGCGGAGAUCACGGUUCCCCAUGCAGACUACCCGCGACCGACCAUCUUCUCGCUUGCGUCAUCUUACAAGCAUGGAGAGGUGGCUUUCCCCGGAUCGCUGGUGUCGCAGAUUCCGUUCGACUCGUAUGAGGAUGUGUGUAAUAUGGGCCAGAAUCUGUGGCGUCUCCUCAUCGGCGACCAACUGCACCGUCGGUCUGUCGAGCCGCCCUUCCGCUCCUCGCUCACUCCGCCGACAGGGAGCCCUAGGGAUGAGGAUCGUGGCGAGAUGACCAACACAAAAUCGACUAUGGGUCGUUGGUCGCACGCGACGUUGCACAGCUUUCUUGGGGGAGCCGAGGGUAGCGAAUUCGUUAGGAGCUUCAAGAUCAUGCCGCCCCUCAAGCUCACAGAUCAACUCAAGAAGCGCCUAGCGAGCGAAGCCCCGAUGCUGGAAUGGGAGAAGAUCGAGGGCGACGAGUUCGAUGACGGUUUCGACGACGGCGUGUUGGUGCGUGGUCAUGAUAGCGGUGGAUCGAGUAUCGGGCGCGGCGACCUCGGCGCUGCGAGCAUCAUGACAGUGAGGACUGUAGGGUCGAACGGCGGCGUGUCCGACAACGCGAAGAGGACCAGUGGUUGGACAAGGUUGAAGAGCCGGUAG